UGCCGCGCUGAGCGUGCGCGCGCUGCCUCUUGCGUCACUCGGCCGUGCCCAGGCUCUUCUCGACAGCGGUCCUUAAUACCUGCGGCCGCGGUGUCCGGAGGUCGUCCGGGCCGAGUACCCUCGGAGCUCUCCAUGGAGGAGACGGUGCGCACGGCUGCAGCCCCGGAUGCUCUCACUUCCCACUGGACAGCGACGAAGGCGCUGGCCGCGCGAGCACAGGAAGGAGCGGCUGGUGCGGCCUGAGUGAGGGCGUAAGCGGAGGUGACCGGAGCCGGACCGCCAGCUGCGGUUUAAAGACUGCAUCGCAUCAUCCUGCCUCCAGCACUGGCAGUUUCUCUAUCCCGUGGUCAAUGUGAUUCACAGGGACUUCUUAAGUAACAAACGAAAUGAGCCAAGGGCGUGGAAAAUAUGACUUUUAUAUUGGUCUGGGAUUGGCUAUGAGCUCCAGCAUUUUCAUUGGAGGCAGUUUCAUUUUGAAAAAAAAAGGCCUCCUGCGACUUGCCAGGAAGGGCUCAAUGCGAGCAGGUCAAGGUGGCCAUGCAUACCUUAAAGAAUGGUUGUGGUGGGCAGGACUGCUGUCAAUGGGCGCUGGUGAGGUGGCCAACUUUGCUGCGUAUGCCUUUGCACCAGCCACCCUAGUGACUCCACUCGGAGCUCUCAGCGUCCUAGUGAGUGCCAUUCUUUCUUCAUACUUUCUAAGUGAAAGACUUAAUCUUCACGGGAAGAUUGGAUGUUUGCUGAGUGUUCUGGGAUCUACAGUUAUGGUCAUUCAUGCACCAAAGGAGGAGGAGAUUGAGACUUUGAACGAAAUGUCGCACAAGCUUGGGGAUCCAGGUUUUGUGGUGUUUGCGACACUCGUCGUCAUUGUGUCUUUGAUACUAAUCUUCGUGGUGGGACCUCGCCACGGACAGACGAACAUCCUUGUGUACAUAACAGUCUGCUCUGUGAUCGGGGCGUUGUCAGUCUCCUGCGUGAAGGGCCUGGGCAUUGCUCUCAAGGAGCUGUUUGCUGGCAAGCCUGUGCUACGCCAGCCCCUGGCCUGGGGCCUGCUGCUGGGCCUCGUGGUCUGUGUGAGCACACAGAUUAACUACCUUAACCGGGCGCUGGACAUAUUCAACACUUCCAUUGUGACUCCCAUAUAUUACGUCUUCUUUACAACAUCUGUUUUAACGUGCUCAGCUAUUCUCUUUAAGGAGUGGCAAGACAUGCCUGUUGAUGACAUCAUCGGUACUCUGAGUGGCUUCUUUACAAUCAUUGUGGGGAUAUUCUUGUUGCAUGCCUUCAAAGACGUCAGCUUUAGUCUAGCAAGUCUGCCUCUGUCUUUUCGAAAAGAUGAAAAAGCAAUGAAUGGCAAUCUCACCAAUAUGUAUGAAGUUCUUAAUAAUAAUGAAGAAAGUUUAACCUGUGGAAUUGAACAGCACACUGGUGAAAAUAUCUCCCGAAGAAAUGGAAAUCUGACAGCUUUUUAAGAAAGGUAAUUCAAAGGUAAAUCUAUAAUUGUUGUAAGUGAAUUUGAAUAUCACAAUGUGUCUGAAAAAGCACUCUUCUCAAAUAAUGUUCUCUAGAGACAAUCUUUUGUAAAAUUGGACCAAGAAGUUACUUUUCUUAUAUUUAAAUGAUGGUAGCUCACUAAAAUGACCUCAGUACCUGGCCAAUUUUUGUUAACAUUGUAUUAUUGUAGCAGUAUUUAAAUUUUUCCUUCACCAAAAUCUAAAUGCACUAAUGACAGUUUUAAGUCUAUGAAAAUGCUUUAUUUUUUCAUUGAUGAUGAAAGUCUGAAAUGCACAUCUGUCAUCCCCACUCCAUCAGUCCCUCACCAUUUUAAGGCUUUUUGGUUUAGAAAAGAACAAAAUCACCCCAAUACAUUAUCCUGUGAUUUACCUUAAAAACAAAAUUGACUUCUGUUUGAGAAAUUAUUUUAAUUUUGAAAUGUUAAAGAGAAUCCUAAGUUAUUAAAUGAAGGAAGCUAAUUUACAAAACAAAGGGUAGGAAAUCAGCCCUCAGAAAUAUUUCUCAGGCUGUGACAUGUUCCUGCACACCUUCCUACAUGGCACUUUGUGAAACCAGUACAUCCUGUGCCUGUCAGGCUGCCUGGCCAGUUUUAUUCUUCCGUUUAAUCCCCUGAUACCUGGAAGAUUACCAUUUUACAUCAGCUCUUGUACUUUUCAAUAUAUUUUCAUAAUGAGUUUUAUUGUCAUUUAGAUCUUCUAACAACUCUGGGAAAUAAAGUCAAAAGAUUAGGGUAAUUUUUUAAAUUUAGCUCCUGUUAUAAUAAAGACAAAUUGAAACAAAGUUCUUUCUAAGUCUGAAUGCUUAGAACAAACUUAAGAUAUUUGUUUGAAAAUCUGGUUUCUUUGUAUUAAGUAUUUUACUUUGCUUGAGAGUUCGUUUGGACCACUAUAUAUUUCAGUCUUUUAAAAACAUCAAUGAAAACUGUUUACAGAAAAUUUCAAACAUAUGCAAAAAAGGUGGAAUAGUAUAAUGAAUUCCAUCCAGCUUGAAAACCUGUCAUCAUAGCAAUUAAUUGGCCUUAAAAAAAGGUGACAGUGUCCACCUGGGUAAAGGAGACGGACACGGGCUUGUGCCCACUCUGGUGACUCUGCUGUGUAACCAGCUACCGCUGGCGCCCCACUGUCCUUGCUGGGGGUGGGGAGUGCGAGAGCGUCUGGUGGUGAUGGCACCAACACCCCACAAGCGCUCCAUUUAUCAGGGAAGAGUUGACCGUGUCCAAGUUUCAUGAAGGAACUCCCCUUUUCCAAACAUUUUAUUGCCCUCUAGGGAGCCUUUUUAGACAUUAUUUUUCCCUACUGGCCUCCCCCCAUAUAAUUUUAAUAACACAGAUACACUGUAUAUUUGUUUAUGUACUGUAUAUGUGUAAUGCUUUGUACGUAGUAGAGAGAACCAGUUUUCACCCCCUUGGGUGGGACAUUGCCCUCAUUGAGAAUGCAAAGGUUAAUAAUAAAUUCUUAAUUAUUUAACAUCUUA